AUGCGGUCCUCGAGAAUAUCCCAAGACACAGCCAAGCUGUUUGAGCGAGUGUCUGGGCCGGUGUCGCCUCCGCGACGGACGACGCGGUCUUCAUCUCUGGCAGCGCGCUUCGCUCACACGACAGCGGCCACUCGGAACGGUACCGAGACUACGACGACGACACCCGACAUUGAAGACGCGAUCACGGAUACGACGAAGGCUAUACCUGUCAGGAAACGGAGACGCGUGGCGUCGUCACCUACCACAACGAUAAAGGGGGAUGAGGCGAGGAGGAUGAAGGAGGAAGAAGAGGAAGAGGAAGAAGGAGAAGGAAAAGAAGAGGAGGAAGAAGAGGGAGAAGAUUCGAUGGGGAGGAAGAAGAAGAAUAAGAGGAAGUCGAGAAAACCGGCGCGCAAAGUUGUGGACCCCAAGACUGGCGAUGCGACGACGGAACCCCCCUCGGACUGGGAGUCGACGUACCAGGUAGUCAGGGAGAUGCGACAGCCCGGGGGCGCGGCGUACGGCGCAGCAGUGGACACGAUGGGAUGCGAGAGGCUGGCGGACCGGACGGCGUCCCCGCGCGACCAGCGGUUCCACACGCUCAUCGCGCUGAUGCUGUCCAGCCAGACAAAGGACACGGUCAAUGCCGUGGUCAUGGCGCGGCUGAAGAGCGAGCUGCCGGCUUGCGAGGAGGGCGCACCGCCAGGGUUGAAUCUGGAGAAUGUGCUUGCCGUGGAGCCGGACGUGCUCAAUCAUAUGAUCUGGGCAGUUGGAUUUCACAAUAACAAGACCAAAACGGCCGAGAUCCUCCGAGACGAAUGGAAAGGCGACAUACCCGACAGCAUAGAAGGGAUGAUGUCCCUGCCAGGUGUGGGACCAAAGAUGGCAUACCUGUGCAUGUCGCACGCGUGGGACAGGACGGAGGGCAUAGGCGUCGACGUUCACGUGCACCGCAUCACCAACCUGUGGGGGUGGAACAAGACGAGGACGCCGGAGGAGACGCGGCUGUCUCUGCAGUCGUGGCUGCCGCACGAUCGGUGGAGGGAGAUCAACGGCCUGCUCGUCGGGCUGGGCCAGAGCGUCUGCCUGCCUCAGGGGUCCAAGUGUGGCGACUGCGAGCUCGGUCUGAGAGGCAUGUGCAGGGCUGCCGACAGGAAGAAGGUGAAUGAGGGGAGGACGAGGUGGACGAGGAGAAGGAGGAGCAGUAGUGGUGGAGAUGAUGAUGCUAGUUCUAGUGUACUCCCCGGCAAGAAAGAGGAGGAAGAGGGAAGAGUCAUCAAGUCCGAACCGGAAUGA